AAAUUAAAAAAAAAGAUGAGUUGGUGCACCGGAUUCCAGCUGUUCCCUCUUCUCCUCGUCCUCUCCACCUCUGCCUUCGUUCGCCAUGCUCUCGGUCCGCGCCCCGCUCGCCACCAUCGCUGACCAGCAGCAGCUGCACUUGUCGCCCCUGAAGCGACUCAGUCUGGCUGACAAGGAGAACACGCCCCCAACCCUCAGCAGCGCCCGCGUCCUGGCUAGCAAGGCUGCAAGGAGAAUCUUCCAGGACUCUGCCGAGCUGGAAAGUAAAGCACCCACUAAACCCAGCAUUGAGGAAGAGCCGUUACUGAGAGAAAAUCCCCGCCGUUUCGUUGUCUUUCCCAUCGAAUACCAUGAUAUCUGGCAGAUGUACAAGAAAGCUGAGGCCUCCUUUUGGACUGCCGAGGAGGUGGACCUUUCCAAGGAUAUUCAGCACUGGGAAGCUCUGAAACCAGAUGAGAGACAUUUUAUAUCUCAUGUUCUGGCCUUCUUUGCGGCGAGUGAUGGCAUAGUCAAUGAGAACUUGGUGGAGCGAUUUAGCCAAGAAGUUCAAGUCACAGAGGCCCGCUGUUUCUAUGGCUUCCAAAUUGCCAUGGAGAACAUACACUCCGAAAUGUACAGUCUCCUUAUUGACACUUACAUUAAAGAUUCCAAAGAAAGAGAAUAUCUCUUCAACGCCAUUGAGACAAUGCCUUGUGUGAAGAAGAAGGCUGACUGGGCCUUGCGUUGGAUUGGGGACAAAGAGGCUACGUAUGGAGAACGAGUUGUGGCCUUCGCUGCGGUAGAAGGAAUCUUCUUUUCUGGUUCUUUUGCAUCAAUAUUCUGGCUCAAGAAACGGGGACUGAUGCCGGGCCUUACAUUUUCCAAUGAACUUAUUAGCAGAGAUGAGGGUCUGCACUGUGACUUUGCCUGCCUGAUGUUCAAGCACCUGGUACACAAGCCCUCGGAGCAGAGAGUAAAAGAAAUAAUUACCAACGCGGUCAGGAUAGAGCAGGAGUUCCUCACAGAGGCCCUGCCUGUGAAGCUCAUCGGGAUGAAUUGCACCUUGAUGAAGCAGUACAUCGAGUUUGUGGCCGACAGGCUUAUGCUGGAGCUGGGUUUUAACAAGAUUUUCAAAGUAGAAAAUCCAUUUGACUUCAUGGAGAAUAUUUCACUAGAAGGAAAAACAAACUUCUUUGAGAAGCGAGUAGGCGAGUACCAGAGGAUGGGAGUAAUGUCAAAUUCGACAGAAAAUUCUUUCACCUUGGAUGCUGACUUCUAAGCAACCGAUCCGUGUGCUCUUUGCUGAUUAUUCUCCCCUUGUCAUUAAAAGAAAUCAGCAAAACCAAACAACUGGCUACACCACGAAUUGUCGUUAAAUUUGCUAACUGGUGUCUAAAAGCCGUGUAGCUACCUCGGUCCUGCUUGCUAGGUUUGCCACUAGAAGGAAGCAUACUUAAAACAAUGGCUACUUGGAUCCUCAGGGAGAUCCUGUCUGCAAGUCGCGUGGUCACCCUUAGCUUCAUCAAAGCACUAACAGCUCACCCGGCCAGGCUUCAUGAGCACUGACCCUCAAGCAAGCAGGUUUAUUAAACAUUUAGAUGCCAACCUCACUUACUGUUUCCUGCAGUCAUGGAGAGUUUACUUAACAAGUUUGUAAAUAAUAAAACUGGCACUUUGCACACAGACUUGGUACUAUCCUAGGGGAAGGCCUGCUUUAUUUGGUUUCUAGACCGAGUAGGAAGUGAUCCAUUUACCACUGAGGGCAGCCCCAUUCAGAGUCUUAAGUGACUAAGCCAGUGUUGAACAAGCAAUUUCCAGGCUUUGUUCUUCAGGGAACUUCCCAUCAGCUUUGAAGUCGGUCCUGUGCACCCUAGGCACAUGGAUCAGUUCACAAGUGGGGUUCAGUGGAGAGAACUUCCCCCUCAGAAGUCACUUGAAA